AGCGAGAUGAUUUCUUUGCAGCAUCUAGCACUGGUAGGCGAUCUGCUCGACUCUAGCUCUUCUGACAGUGAAGACGAAGAACUCCUUGAGGUGCUCACACGCCGUAGAAGGGUGACGCGGCCAAAAGUUGUUAAUUUCAUCAACGACGUCGUCCACAACUACGACGAUGAGGAGUUUCGAAGGAAUUUCCGGGUGCAGAGAGCAGUCUGCUACAAGCUUAUAGCAGACUACGAGACAUCUGUACACUACCGAAAGAGCCAAAACCAUGGUGGGCGCAAGCAAAAGACGGCAGAGGAACAUAUGUUGGCAUUCCUCUGGUUUGCCGGAAACAAGUCUUGCUUGCGGGAUGUGUCGAGUAGGUUCAACAUGGCCAAGAGCACGCUGCACUACGCCAUAGAGCGCGUGGCAAGUUUCCUCGAUGAAAUUAGCCCCCGAGUGAUCCAGUUUCCGAACACUAGUGAGGAAAAGGCAGCCUGUGCAGAGAAAUUUGAAACGAUCUCUGGAUUCCCCAAUGUUAUUGGGUGCAUCGACGGAUCCUACGUCGAAACCAGGUGUCCUGUUCACAAAGUACGUUCAACAUAUGUGAACAGGCAUGACAAGGCAGCCUUCACCCUGCAAGCAAUCUGCGACGCAGACAGAAAGUUCCUCGAUGUCUUCUGUGGACUUCCCGGGAAAACACACGACGCAAAGGUUUACAAGUUAUCCUUCAUCAAGGAUGAGCUGCCCGAGAUCUGCUGUGCCGGCAAAUAUCACAUUCUAGGUGAUGCGGCCUACCCUGUCAGGGAACACCUUAUUACGCCCUUCAGGGACUAUGGGAAGAUGACUCAAGCUCAAAGAGAUUUCAACUUCAAGCUUAGCCAAACAAGAGUGAAGAUCGAGAAUGCCUUUGGCGUGAUGAAGGCGAGGUUCAGACAGCUGUUGCUCCUCGAGUUCUGGAGGGUAAAGAAAGCAACGAAGUUUAUGCUGGCAUGUUGUGUCCUUCACAAUUUAUGUAUCUUGAACGGAGACGAUGAUUUUCCUCCCGAGGAAGAUAACGACAAGAAGAGGAAGAGAGAGGAUGAUGAUGAUGAAGAUGACGAAGAGCAAAGUGAAGCUCUUCUGAGGAAGCUCGGAGAACGCAAGAGAGCCAACUUGGUCCGCCAUCUCCAAAGGUGCCCCUAAAUGUGAUUGUGUUCACCACCUUGAAAAUAUUUCUGUAGUCCAUA